AUGAAUGAUGCCGCAGAUAGCCUCUCCGGAGGGACUGUUGGUAAUGGUACUGAUGUAAACUCUACUACUGCUGCUCUGAGCAGCACCACAGCUACUCAACAGGACAUCCUAGAAAUUCUCACAGAAACUACCACCAUCGCUGCCGUAGAAACUACGGCUACACAAACUGUCCCAGAGGCUCUCACCAAAACCGUCACGAAAACCGUCACAGAAGCUGCCAUCACUGUCGCCACGGAAACUGCUACAAAAGCUGCCACCGAGUCCACUACUACAGCCGUCGCUGAAACUGUCAAAGAAGCUGUCAUCACAGCUACCGCGGAAGCUGUUUCAGAGGCCAUCACAGAUGCAGCAACCACGGCCAUAACAAAUGCUACCACCACAGCCAUCACGAAUGCUACUACCACGGCCAUCACAAGCACUACAACUGAAGCACUCAUAGAAGCCGUCAACCAGACAUCAGGAGGAGUUAAUGAGACUACAACCACUACGACAGUUGAUGUCACAGCCACCAUACAAGCUGCGGUCGCUAACAUAACAACAACAACAAAAAUGGUAGUCAAGGGCGAUGCCGGCAAAGUACCUGAACAGUAUGAAAGCGGAGCAGGCUACAUGAUGACUAUCAUCAUGGCUUGUGGUGUCGGAUUCGUGGUGGUCACCAUGUUCACCGUUCUUCUUGUAAUGAUUGCGAAAGAAAACGGCACGAAAAUAGAGUAA